UGAACCUGAAGCAUUCAUCGCAAAUAACCAAAUCAAAAUGGCAUCACGCUUCAUUGUUGUUUUCAGUGCCGUUAUCGUCCUGGCUCAAGGAUCGAAUAUUCUGCCCAUCAAACAGGAGUCCGAGAUUGCUAUCCACUCAGGAGUUCCUUUGUCUGGAGGACCCGCGGUCGUAGUUUCCCAAGGACACCCAUCUGUGCACCAGCCCCUGCGUCCGAUAUACAGCCAUGGCCCAGGGCCAGUAGUAACUGCACCACUUGGAGGACACCCCAGAAUACUCGGAUCUGGAUUGGCGGCGCCCCGUCCCUAUGCGGCUGCUCCUCUUCAUUCGGCUCCUGUAUCCUACGUUCGUCCUGCUACUGUGAUCGUUCCCGCUCCCCGAGUGGUGGUCCCUGGUCCUCGUGUCGUGGUGCCUGCUCCUCGAGUGGUGGUUGCUCAUCCGCAUGGCGUUCCUGCCCCAAUUGUCGUUGGUUCUGCUCACGGCAACGUUCACCAGGUCCGCCAUCAUGGCCAGAGACCCCACUAAGAUGUAAAAUGGCCUUAACCGAUUUUAACGAUGAAAUUACAACUGAGCUGAAAUAAUUUGAUACUUUUUUAAAAUCUGUCUAUAACCCACACUUAAGCAAUAGCAAUGGAAAUAAAAAAUUGUACACCACAACAUUGUUAAACCAUUUGACUACUGCCUGCAAUAAAACAUACCAAAUCAAUUCUCCCUUUUUUAUGAUUUCCUAUUUAAGUUAUGUACAAAAACAGGGAGUUUUAUCAAAAUUG